AUGCGCUCCAAUCUGUAUGUCUUUGCGCUCGCCGCUGCGCGACUAGCGAUCGCCAAACAAGUCGGUUAUUUCCAGGCGGAAAACUGCGCCGCUCCCUCCGAUUUCGAGUCCUGCUACGCCGAUGCAGACGAAUGGUUGGCCGACUGUAUCAACGAGAACUGCGAUGCGCUAGGUGUAGACUGCCACAAUGCCUGCGAGUGCGCCAGACAGGGGGCUUACACGCGAUGCGAAACGAGCUAUUGCUGGAACAUGGUCUAUAGCUGCGAGUAUCAACUCCAGGUCAGCGACGUCGUCAGCUCGUGCCUUGAUGACCCCGAUAUCAACUCGAUCCCCUUCUGGCCUCCUCCAGACAAUGCGAAUGGGGGAUGCAAUUGCAACAUUGGCAAGAUAUCUCGCGCACAGGUUAUUGUCAAUGAGGCUGUUGGGUCGUGUGACGACUUUGUGGACGCGUUCAAUAUGACUCCGGAUCAGAUUAAGAGUAUCGGAAACGCGUGUCUCUGCUGUGGACUCAGCGGAUUUCUCUCUCCAUUUUACUCCUUUUGUCCUAAACUCGACCCUGCCGAGCUGGAACUGGAAGGCUUUGAGUCAGCUAUGGACGACCUAAUCCCCAACAUGGACUGGUCCCAAUGCAGCUCGUGGAUGAAUGGCUACGACUGCGCUGCCGACUUUGGAUACCCUGCCGACGUGGAGACCUACUUCGGGCCCGGGGAGUUCCCAGCGGACGGAACAGAGACCCUGCGCAACAUCGGAGCACUCACAACGCCUGUCAGCCCGACCGCGACGUUUGUCAUUGCAGGCGAGGAGGUAUACAUCACUGCUGUCUCGACGGAUGCUGCUGUGCCGACGGGUUCGAGCGAUAGCUAUGAUACGGAUGAGAACAGUGACAGUAGCAACAGCAACGACAGCAACGACAGCAGCGAUACCAACCACAGUAGCGAUAGCAGCAGCGAUAACUCUCAGUCUGGCGCCGACGACGAGCCAGAAUCAAAUAGCGACGAGACGCCGGAGGACGCUGCGGUUCGAGGGAUGGGAGUCAGCGCCAUGCUCGCUGGGUUCGCCGUGGCCAUCGCUGGCCUGCUUGUCCUGUAA